AUGAAGCUCUCAUUAACAUUUCUUGUGCUGCUGAUCCUUCAGAUCUCCAGCAUUGAUUCACAUCCCUUUAGGGCGUCAUCCUGUGGCUUUGAAUCCUGUAACUUGGAUCGCGCCUUUGAUGAUGCCAUUAAUGAGGUCCUACCAUCGGAUGACUAUAUGUUCCUUAUGGAUUCCAGUCCCUGCAAGAGCACAGGGGUGCCUUCCACUCCAGCCCCAACGAAGACCAAGGACAUGGCUUUGGAGAUUGCCAUAAAUGCCGCUGAUGCCGCUCAAGCUGCCAACGAGGCUCAGGCUUCUGCCGCCGCAGCAGCUUCGCGACAGGUGCAUAUCCAGCUGGCGGACAAGGCCGCGGAUGCAGCUCGAACUGCUCAUACCGUAUACGAGGCCUCCAAGGAGUCCUUCGAUAAACUGGCGAGGGAAACCCGUAAGGAAGAGAGUUUAAUGGAGCAGCUAACAGCUGGCCUGAAGGCCAGUGAGGCGAAUGCCAAGAUCGCAGAGGCUGGCCGCAAGAGACUCGAAAAGCAGACAAUCGCCAUGAAGGCACAAUUGGAGCAAACAAAGACCAGCUUAGGCAAACUCGAUGAUCUAAUCGAGCAGGGAAAGGACGAUCUGGAGAAUAAGAAUCGUAUUUUGGCUUUAAUUAAGGAGCGUAUCGAACUCCUGUCCAAUCAAGUGGAAAAGGCCAAAAACGAAUACAAUCAGGCUGAAAUUGAUGCCAAGAAGUUCAGCUUGAAGAAGUGUCCAAAGAUUAGGACGUUUCCCAAGUAG